AUGUUCGGAGUCGCCUGGGACGAGCAAACACAGCAGCGUCUUGCUGAAGAGACGCGCCUUGCUAUAGAAGAACAGAAGAUGAAGGAACUUGAACUUGGAAGCCAGGAUGGCAGGAGUGUGAUCGGAUCGGCCAUCACACGACGUUCCUCCUCCACAGCGGGCAAGUCUGGUCGCACGAGUCACUCAAAGGGUAGCGCUGUAUCGAAGCUUAAGAGGGCCUUCCUAGGAGCACGUCUGUCCAACAAAUCUGACGACAAGCCGCGACCAAGCUCCUACUACGCCCCCUCCUCGAGGCUGUCCUCCAUCUUUGCCGAGAACAACUACAUCAUUUCUGGCAACUCUGACCAGUUGGUUAUUCCUGAUAUCAACCACAUCAACGAGAGUGGUGGGCUAUCGAAAGUGCAUACCGCGGAAGAUCAACCGGCGGCGCCCGCACCGCCAAAGCAAAUCCAAGAAAGCACCGCACUAGAAGAAUUGGAGGGCUUGAAAACGCCCCAAUCCAAGCCGCCAACUUUCGUCAUUCACACAGCUCCUUCAACGCCGGAGGAUGCUGAAAACCAUACUUCUACUGAUGACCCGCCAACUACAACACUGAUCCAGUGGCUGGACGAAGACUCGUAUAUAACGAGGACAACCACUGUCACAUACGAGCCUCGAGGCGACGCUGACGUGAAUGAUCAGGUAAUCAAAACCACCAUUUCAGCCGAUCCCUCGCCCUUUUCAACAACCAAGAGCUCAAAACUCCGACCUUCGCCCCCCAUUGUACGUCCUGCAGCACCAGCUGCGGAUGAUGCGGUUCCAUCAUUCUCGUCCCUUGUCGACAACUGGUUCACCGCUCUUCAGGGCCCCAGUAGAGCCGUCUUGCCGAGUCCUCCAAGCGCGAAGAAUAAUGACAAAUCCGGCCCAAGCCGCGUCAUCAGAUCAGCCGAAGCUCACGAUCCGACCUCAACCCAGGGCUUCCAUCCAGUUUCCAAGGCCCCAAGUCUUCCCCUAAAGUCGCCCAAGCUCAGAGUAACCAACCCGGAUGUCUGGAAACCACCCAAUGAUUGGGGAUGUCAAUCACCCACGGAGUUAUUUCCGAAGGCCAUUGAGAAGCAGGACAAACUCGAAGUUAUCAAGCACGACCAAAAGAACAAGGAUGUAGCUAGAAUGCAGAAGGACGUUGAAUUCAUCGCCAUUUCCAGCCCAAAAAAAGUUUUAUCUCGCCUGACGCAAGGAUUCGGCGAAACGUCCGACACCUCGCCACAUCUUCAAGAGGAGCAAGAUGGGAAGCGCUUGAUGCUUUCGGUACUCUACGACAUGUGCGGAUCUACUGCGACGGUGGUGGACACGGCGAGCCAACCGGAUCAGAGCGUUCCCUGCGCCGCUGGACAAAAGAUCCUCGCCUUGUUUGAGUCUGAAGCAACUGCGUCUUACCUAGCUGUGACUUUUUCGGAAGCCGCAAUCACCCACCUCUCGCUCUCUCCGCUGCCCCAUGAGCUAUUCCCGAACGUACAUCCUCUGUUUGCACCACCCAACAAGGCGUCCAUCUCUUUCGCAGCCAACUCCUUCAACACAGUCUACUGCCUCUCACUGCCGUCACUGGUACCGGCCCAUGAGAUCCUCGAAGUUCUCAAGCAAAUCCAUCGCUGCCUCGCUCCCAACGGCAUUUUGCAGCUAGUGCUGCUUGAUCCCUUCCCAGUGGCAAGGAGACUCGGACCUCGGACAAGAAAGUGGUUCGAGAAGCACAUCCUUUCCAAUCUGCAGUCGCAGUCUCGCUGUGUCAGACCAAGUGCGAUCUUCCCCGGGUUCUUGGAGGAGGCGCAAUUCCGUGUCCGUGAGGAACCAAGCACCAAGAUAAAGUUCUUGGCUAUACCCCCGGAUCCUACAGAUAUGUUCAUUGAGGGUCAGCAGCGCAUUCAGGAAGAGCUCCGAAGCGUCGUGGGCAGAAUGCUUUGGCAGGAAGUCUGGGGCAAGAUGGUGACUGGUGACGAUAACUGGUGGGACGAUCCCGAGUGCGUUGAGGAGUGUUCCAGGCUUGGGACCUUCUUUGAGUUCAGUCGUAUUGAGGCUGUCAAAGUCACCGAUGCUGAGGUUCUAGGAGGCUUCAGCGUCGGCUGCUGA